AUGGCUUCCUAUAACCACCCUUUGGCUGCUGCCCACUAUGGCCAGCCGUCACAGGUGCCAAUGCCCGUGCAAGCCUCCGCCACCCCCGCUGGCACUUUUGCACCGGGAACCAAGAUUCAAGUCGGUGAACAUAGGGUCGUCAUACAGAGAUACCUUUCUGAGGGUGGAUUCGCACAUGUCUAUCUCGUCAAGCUGCCUCGCCCUAUCGAUGGCACUGACCAGGCCGUGCUGAAGAGAGUCGCCGUCCCCGACAAGGAAACGCUGCGUUCAAUGCGAACCGAGGUCGAGACGAUGAAGCGGUUAAAAGGACACCGCCCUAUUGUCACUUACAUAGACUCACAUGCCUCCGAGUUGAAGGGCGGUGGUUAUGAGGUCUUUCUGCUGAUGGAAUUCUGUGACGGGGGAGGGUUAAUCGACUUCAUGAACACCCGAUUACAACAUCGUCUAACCGAACCCGAAAUAAUAAACAUCUUCUCCGAUAUCGCCGAGGGCGUUGCUUGUAUGCACUACCUCAAACCGCCAUUGCUACAUCGGGACCUCAAAGUAGAGAAUGUGCUGAUUGUUAUGCAUGGUGCUAAGAGGAAGUUCAAGCUGUGCGAUUUUGGGUCUGCAGCGCCGCCUAAACCUGCACCACAGACAGUCGUGGAAUGCAGGUUAAUAGACGAAGAUAUCCAAAGGCACACUACGAUGCAAUAUAGAAGCCCUGAAAUGGUCGAUGUGUAUAGGAAGCAGCCGAUAGAUGAGAAGUCGGAUAUUUGGGCCUUGGGUGUUCUCCUUUAUAAGCUCUGCUAUUACACAACUCCAUUUGAAGAUCAAGGACAGCUUGCCAUAUUAAACGCGAGUUAUCGAUUUCCUAGUUAUCCUGUAUUCUCCGAUAAGCUGAAACAAUUGAUUGCUUCCAUGCUUCGAGAAAACCCGGUAUCUAGGCCAAAUAUCUAUCAAGUGCUUCGAGAAAGUUGCCUAAUGCAGGGUCGCGAAAUACCUAUUCAUGAUAUAUAUUCGAACCGCUCGCAGUCAUCAGAGCCACAUAUGAGCGAGAGACAGCUUCCUGCUGAGCGCAAGACUGGCAGUACACCCACUGUGGGUGCCGUGUACUCUCCACCCCCACAGCAACAAACCCAGGCAAUUCCUGAUAUAACGCCUAUGCGUAGGGGCCGCCCAGCUACUACGAACCAAGCUGCGUCCUCGCAACCUCCGAAGGUCACUGCUGGUGAUCCCUUUGCUGCUCUCGACGCUAAAUCAGGAGCCAAGCUAGGGAGCGAUGAAUUGUCCUCGAGGUUUCCAACUCUCGAUCAAUUUUCUCUUUUACAUGAUCAAGGGUCCAACUUCGAUUUUGAUAGUCCUACUUCACCACAGGCUUCAUCCAACGGGCCAGCAGCACAGCUCAAUCAGCGAGCAACAGAAAACCUUGCCGAUGAUGCGUUUGCCAGCCCCUCGGCGAAGUCCACUUCUACCCUAGAAAAUCGUAGGCAGGCCAACGAUGCAGGUCAUACACAGUUCGCGGCUGGCACGGCUGAAUCGCAUCGCCCAUCACCACCACUAGCACCGCCCCAAAAACCUGCUUCCUCCCCACCAAAUCCGAUGGUGGAAAAGAGCAAAGCUUCUACAAUCAUUUCUAGUAAUCCCGAACUCCAGGCUAUCUCUUCCACCCUUCCCCAACCUAAGCAGGAAGUACCAAAUAGACCAAUAAUGGUCUCUACUGGGACAAUGACAAACCCACUUAUCGACAUGCCGAUUCGUGAUUAUCCUCCAAUUCACCGAUUUCCACCAGCUGAUCAGCACCGGUCAACAAGCUUGCCCAGAGAACAGAACGGUUCUACUUCAAGCCAAUCACGGUUAGAUCCAGGUCAGGUCCCUCGACCUUCCCCCAGUCCUCGAAUCCCAUCGGCGCAGUCACAGUCUGUUUCGGUAUCACACGCGUCGUCGUCCCGACCAUCCCUCGAAGCUAGGCGACCGAGUCCUGAAGCUUUAGAACCUUUGGUAAAGCCCUCGUCAAGUACAGGCCGAUCAAGACCGUCUAGUAUGUAUCUUGAAUCUAGCAUGGAUUAUCUGCGUGAGAGGGAGGCCUCCAUUAAACCAUUACGCACACCGGGGUACCCAUCUCCCAAGAUAGUCCCUAGAGCAGACUCUCCAAGAAUUGAGCCCCAAGACGAGGUUUCAAUCCAGUCCAAUGUUGAAUUCCUUCGAUCAAUGGAAGAUAAUGAUAGUAAGAAGAAGGAUCGAGGUGCGAAACAUCAUAGCAAACGUUCGAGUCUGGGUUCAUUAUCAGGCACCAAGAAUAUUCUUGCAGGAAAAUUCGGUGACGCCUUCAAGCGCUUUGAAGGAAAUCCUACAGGUUCUUCCAUACGCACACCAUCCCCCUUGAAAGACGGGGAAAAUCAUACGCUCACUCCCAUCGCUGGAUCCGAGGCUACAGAUGGGCGUAGUGAUGAUGGUCAUGUAUUGGGCGAGGCUGAGUUGACUCCAGAAAUGCGUCGAGAGCUUGAAGCCCAGAGUCUCGCUGAUGAGGAGCGCAGGGUGGAAGCCGCGGCAGCUGAAUACAAACAAAAGAUGGCUGCACGGGCUGGAGACAUAGGUCAUGCACCUCUCCCAAGAAGCAUAGGCGGUGUUUCGCGAGCAGCAAGUAUACAAAAUCGAGUACAGAAUUUACUUGAAGAGUCAAACAAAUCAUCUCAACACGUCCAGCGCACUGCGUCGGGCUAUGGAAAAUUUUCGGACGAAGCACUAGCAAGGAGUCGAGAAGAGAAAGAAGUCCCAGAGCUGCCGCAGAGACCCACUGGUACUGGUCAUGGGCCACCGCCAAAACCACCUACGAGCUCAUCUGAGGCUUUGGCACGAGUUCGGUCGAACGGUCAGAGCUCGAGCUCAGCAAAUCGACCGGUGCCUCCCGUCAAACCAAAUCCUGCUCCUAAACCCACACACUUGAUCAAUCUUCCGACUGGCGGUCGUCGGUCACCAACGAUACAGCAACUUUCUGCGAGUAGUGCUUACCGGGCCAGUUCAGACCAGCUUGUGGGAGUUGGUUUACCUGGGCGACCUGCCUUGGACAUGUCUUUUCAAGAAAAGGAAGACUAUAUCCAGGAUUUUAGUAAAAGGUUUCCAAGUCUUAGUUCUAUAGAAAUGGUUGAGCGAGAUAUAGAUGCGGAGGCGGAUCGAAAAGGCAGACGUUAG